AUGAAGACGUUUCCUCCCUCCGACACCUUUUACUGGUACAAGAUUGAAGACGUUUCCUCGUACCGAGGUGGCUUGGAGCUGUGGAACCAUCAUCAUUAUCAUUUCCAACCGGAACACGACCUCAUACCUCAAGCAAGGCCUCUCUUCCACCAAGAUCUUUAUAGCUCCGCGGAUGCUCUAGGAGUGGGUCUAACCACCGUGUCUAACGAUCAGUCACCCGCCUUCCUGGUGAUGGCAUCGGCCGUGGGGAGUGGAGUAGCAAGUGGAGCAGGAAGUGGAGCAGGUGCGAUUAGCUGCCAGGACUGCGGGAACCAGAGCACUUGGGUUCCCGCUUCCAAGUGCCGCGAGAGGCAACAGCAACUCGCCUCUAUCCAACAACAACAGCUUCUUGCUGCUGAUGUUCCCAAGCGCCAUAGAGAUCAUGCCUGGUGGCUGGUAGCAGCAGAGGAGGAAGACGAAGGAUGA